CAGUGUGGAGGGUAUAAUUGUCAUUAGGCACGAUACUCAUGCUCGUGAGAGAGUGAAUAGAGUGCUCGAGAGAUUUCAUCAGCUGCGCUUCUUCUUCUUCGUAGUGCCCAGUGCUUCCUCUGCUCUCUCCGAAGUUCUGAUCGAACAGCUUAAAGAAAGUCAUGGACCCUGCGGAACGUAGGUACUUGGAGGAUGAGGACACUCCUAUGAUGAAAGUAAUCAAGGGUGCGACCACAGGUUUUGCUACUGGAACUAUUUGGGGGACCAUUGUCGCUACUUGGCAUGACGUGCCUCGCGUCGAGAGAAAUGUUGCUCUUCCUGGGCUAUUAAGGACGUUAAAGAUGAUGGGUAAUUAUGGAAUGACAUUUGCUGCUAUUGGUGGAGUGUACAUCGGGGUAGAGCAGUUGUUGGAGCAUCAGAGGAUGAAAAGGGACUUUAUCAAUGGAGCUGUCGGUGGUUUCGUUGCUGGGGCUACUAUUCUUGGUUAUAAAGGAAAGAGCAUUUCCUCGGCCAUUUCUGCUGGAGCUGCUUUGGCAGCCACAUCUGCUGUGCUAGACAUUGGCGGCCAGACCACAAGAGUAGAUACUGGCAAGGAGUAUUACCCAUACACCACGAAGAAGAAAUCGAUUGUCGAUUCAUGACUUUGUUGAUUGAUGCUGCCGUUGGACAGGAGACUAUCGCUGGUUGGUGAAAUUUACUUGAUCACAUCCUUGCUUUGAGAGAUGUAAUGUUGUACUCAUAAGCCAUCUUUUUAUGUCGCCAAGCUGUAUGAAUUUUUUCAAUAAAUAUGCUCUGUUUUUCUC